GACCAUCAAAACAAGAGCAUCUGACUUGCUGGAACCGACUACCGACUCUAUUCAAUUGACGAAUGUGAAGCUUACACCGUCAUUUAUUGUUCUCCAAAAUUUACUUUAGAGCGUCCAAGGAAAGUAGGCUACUGAAAGUCUGAAGACGGAAAUUUUUUAGCCAGUUUUUCAGGACUAAUCCCCACCCAGAAGCAAGACAGACAUCAUGGUUCAAAGAAGUGAAGGGUCUGCCAUGAAGGCAAUGCUUGUCUUCACCAUUAUGAUGGUGGUUCUACCCAUCUUUUCUUACUUUUUCAGUAAAUCGGUUAUUUUUGAAGGUAUCAUGGGAGUAGCAGCCCAAAGCAGCUAUUUCUAUGCAGCCAUUGUUGCGAUUGCUGUGGUUCACGUAAUUCUUGGCCUGUUCAUAUAUGUCGCGUGGAGUGAGGAACCUCGACCUGUUCCACAGUUCAAAGCAGACUGA